AAACAGAGGAGAUGCAGUAGCAGUGGCAAUAGACAAGGACAAAGGAAGUCAAUAUGCUUUCCAAUGGGUUGUUAAUCAUCUCGUCAAGCCAGGCCAAACUCUCACAUUGCUUCAUGUUAAGCAACCUGCAGUUCCCAACCAAAGUACAUCUGCCUUCUCUCUGCAUCUAAUUCUUUUGUAUCCAUCCACGAUCAUAAUCUUAUACUUAAUUUCCAAUGUUUUUCUCAUAUUAUGGUGCAGCAGGACGCAUGGUUCCAAGCUCUGAAGUCACCGAGGAGGUUGCAGAAAUCUACAAAAACCAACCUGAUGCUCAAGCCAAAGACUGGCUUCGUCCAAUGCAUUGUGUUUGCAUCAAAAAGAAAGUGAGUCAUACCUCUUCAGAAUUUGUACAUCAUCUUGUGUCUCCUAAAAAUUUCUUCUCCUUAUGAGCUGAUAUUUGUACCAGAUAACCUGCAAUGAAGUCAUACUGGAAGAUUCUGAUAUACCGAAAGCACUUUUCAACUAUGUCGCUGCAAAUUCAAUCGAGGUUUUGGUACUUGGUGUACCAUCUAAAAGCAGCCUUUUCAGGUGAUUAAUUGAUUCCAUGUGCCUAGGCAUAAACCUUAAUUAGCAGGUGGAACAAUUACACAUACAUGCAUUGGUUCUGAUCAUUACAUCAAUGUUGUUUCUCAACAGAUUCAAAACUAGAGACAUACCGAGCACCGUGUUAAAGGGGGCACCGGACUUUUGCACUGUAUAUAUUAUUGGCAGAGAAAAGAUCUCGUCUGUGCGAUCUGCAACUGGUGCUCUUCCCCAAAAACCAAAAGGGCUUCCAUCUCCAUGUGAACAAAAUGUGCAGCAUCACCAAAGCGAAAGGACACAGUCUCCGCAGUGUAGCCUGCCAAAUGACACUAAACUCAAGUCAGCAACUAUAUUACCGGCGAGCAGUAACAAGCAAAGCUUGGGUCGCACCUUUGCUUUCUCUGAUAGUAUGACAGCAGGAAUGCCCCCUAGGCAUCCAACUAGCUCAGAGUCAGACAGAAGCUCUACAUCGACAUCUUACUCCGGAACUGAGUUUAUUGACAUGACCUAUCCACAGAAUGAAUUUUCAUCUUCCUCAACAGAAAGUGGAAGGUUAUCAACGCCACAGAACAUGGUAGGACACUUUCUGUGCAUAGGAAAAUUGUAACAGCCA